AUGGAAUAUAAAAAAUAUAUUAAUUUAAUAUUCAUUUUAAUUUCAAUUUAUGUUGUUAAUUCAGUUUCGUUGACAAAUAUAUACCAAUCAUAUGGAUACAUACAGAUUUUUGGUGAUUUGGAUUCAACCACUAGAGUCGAAAUAGGUGAUACGAUCACUAAUCACACUCAACCAUGUAUCAAUAUCUUUAAAUUCAAUAGCUCACAUAUAUCAUGUGAAUUUUAUAAUUCCACCUACAUUGAUUACACCACAUUAAAUAUCACCGUGUAUUUCAAUGCUACUACACCAGGAACCAGAGUUAGUUCAGAGAUUGCUAUUCCUUCUCAGUUUGGAUAUCAAUUCGAUGGAUGCAAACCAACUUAUUUCUUUGAUACAAUCAACAAAAUUUGUAAAAAAGCAAGUCCAAGUAAUUUAUAUUCUUAUAUUUGUAAACAAGGAGCAAUGAAAAUUACCAGGAUUUCAACAAAUGGCAAUUUAGGUUCGACGAUUUGUUCGGAUUUGAAAUUCGGAGGACAUUUAGAUUCUAUGAACAUUGUAGAUAUGAUUCAUUAUCGAUAUAUCCAGUAUCAACGUUGUUGGAACAUUGGAAAUUUGACAUCGUACAUGGUGUUGGAAGCGGAUUUACCAAACUUUAAUUUUACCAAUCCCGCCUCAUUCAUAAAGCAGAUGACCAAACAACUUUGUUCUUCAGUGUUUUCCACACCGGAUAUAAUAGAUCUCGCAAAAUCCAAUGAUCUCUACCGAUAUACUUGUAUCAAUUCAUUGAAUAUUCCAGAGGACAGAAUAGUAAACAGUGUUCCAGGUCCUCGUAUUUGCGACGGAAGACCCGCCGAUUCAAUGGAGCGUAUCAUCACCAAUUGGUUGACUGAUAUACAGUGUUUGAAUGGCGAUUGGAACAGCGAUGGACAGUGCGUUUGCCGAGAGAAUUGGAGUGGUCCGUCGUGCACCAAUUUCAUAUGUAAGAAUGGCUUCAGCUUGAAUACUUUAAGCAACUCUUGCUUUUGCAAUAAAACCUGUAAGGAAGAUGAGAUGUUGGAACCAGUUCUAUGUCAGUGUAUGUGUUCUCCAAAUAAUCCAAUACGAUGUAGCGAUGGCAGUUGUGUCGACGCAGUCUCUGCUUGUGAUUCCAAGUUGACUUGCCCGCCCGAGAGUCCAUUCAAAUGUUUCAAUGGAUCCUGUAGUGAUUCUCCAUGGAAAUGCCGAGCACUCUCACCGAGAUGUAGACAUCCCGAUGAUUGUUGUUGGGACGGUAGUCCUGUAAAGGAUGUACUUUCAUGUUUGCCACUGCCAGCUUGUUUGCCACCAUUCAAUCAUCGAUGUCAGGAUGGCACCUGUAAAGCUGGGGCGGAUUCUUGUAUCGAUUUUAAAAAUCCAUUCUGUGAGUUAUCGGUUUGUCCAGACGGUGUAAACUGUCCGCCCUGUCCACAGUACGAUGGUUGUCCCAUAUCUGUGCCAUUCCAAUGUACCAGUGGAGCGUGCGGUGCCAACAACACCGAUUGUAAUCCUUUGAACAUGCUGAGAUCAGAUAUUCUAAAUGGCGUUGCACAUCUACCGAUAUUUGACAAACCAGAGUCAACGCAAGUCACCAUCCAAUUGGGCAAACCAACUAAUAUCAGCGUAGUCUCUGAGAACGAUAUUCUAAUUGGACAGAUCGACAUCCUCAUUCCACCGGUAGAAGCGACUAACUUUACGGUGGUCAGUGUCACACCAUUGAGUGACUCUUAUCUUAGACAGGUGACAUUUAACAACUCAAAGUAUAGUUUCGAUAACUCUAUAUUCAGUCCGGUGUUAAAUAUAACCUUUUCCCAUUUAAUAAGAGAUGAAAAUUAUCAUAAAGAUAGAUGGUUUGAUUUCUAUGUAAGCAUCAAGUUUAAUGUUAAUAUGUCGAUAUUAUCAGAGAAUAUUAUUGGAAAUCGAUUAUGGGAAUCAGUGGAGAUGCCCUAUGACGAUAUUCUAUUAAACUAUUGUCUAGGAUACAUUAAUGAAACACUGAAUCAAUGGACUUGUGUACAUUCAAACAAUUCAAAAAAGGAUCUUCUUCAUUUCGAUAAGGAUUCGGAAAUGGUUGUUGGUUGGACGAAUCAUUUUACCUCUUUUGCACUCUUACUACGUACUGAUCCAGUGCCCAACUCUCAAAAACCAGAAAAAAGCUUUAAUGAUAAACUAAUCAUGAUCAUCACUGUUGUAUCAAUUGUAUCAUUUGUAUUUAUAGGUUGUUUGGUCGCAUUGGUUUAUUAUUCUUUCAAGAAAUAUGGAAGUUUUUCGACUAUGAGAAGAGCUUGGAAAGAGAAAUUAAGAGCAAGAUUACAUAAAUAA